AUGACGGGCUGCGUUGCCUUGGGUGUCUGUGAGGCCUACUACAUAUUACUUCCUGAUUGCAAGAAGGACAGCAACAUGAAUGCGACAUGCAUUUCAGAUAUGCUUGACAAAGUCAUCUGUGCCUUGUCUGCCCGAGGGCCGGAUACUUGCCUCCCACGCCAUCUUGUGAUUGGAGCAGACAACACUCCAAGGGAGUCUAAGAACAAGUUCUUCGCCACAUACUGUUCGUUUCUGGUGUGUCGGGGGCAUUUCGACAGCGUACAGCUCGAGUUUAUGCAGCCGGGACAUACGAAGAAUGAGCUGGACCAGCGGUUUUCCAGCCUCUCCACCAUUUUGCAGCGAGCGCCAACCCUUGAGACGCCUCAGCAGUUCGCAGAAUUUCUGAAGGAUGGAGCGACGCCUCUCCAUGCUCAGGAGUUGCACGUCCAGGUUCUCAACUCCACCCAUGAUUUCCAAGCCUGGUUCGAAAAAUGGGAAGUUCAGAUGUCUGGCCUGACUUCCACGCACCUCGAGCCAGACGUGAACCAUGUCUGGCGCUUCCAGUUGAGGCGCACCAUCGAUGCGCAUGCCAUCGUAGAGUGCAACAACCCCAAGUGGGCAGAUCUACCCCAGGACGGUGAAGAUGUGGUGCUUACUGUGAAGAGGUUUAUGAGCAGCGCAUCUCCAUCUCAGCCACCCCAGCUCAUGCUUCCGGCUCACCUCCAUCGCCAGUUGGACCCUGAUGAUUUGCCAGUGGCAGAGCGCAAGGUUUUUCCAGAGAAGCUGCUGCAAGAAUACCGCAAAACUGCGAAAGCGGCAGCCCAGGAACCAUGGAGGCUUUUUGAAGCUCAGAAGUGGUUGGAAGACCUUUGCGAUGACAAUGUCGCAGGGAGGCAACACCCACCUCCCAAGCUGCACAUGAUUUUCCAGCAAGGGGAGUGCACUGACCACUGUUUGGCGCCAGACUUUGAAGACUUUUACAUACCAGAUGACCCAGAACCCCGGCAUGUGCAAGUUGGUCCACCUGGCAGGAAGGGCGCUUCGAAGAAGGCUUCUGCCAGGAAGCGGCCAGCUGCUGAUGGAGGUGGCCCGAAAAAGCGGCCAGCAGCGGCGCCUUCCGUUUUGCGCCGCCCAGGUGCCACGGAGCACGCACCUUGCGACGAUGCAGGGUUGGUUGCGCCAAGUCCAGGUCCGCCUCCUGCAGCUGCAGCUGGCGCGGCUUCUGAUGACGCAGACCGCCGCCCGCCACCUCCUCCUGAAA